AAAACGGACGUUAAACCCAAACAUGCACUGUACAAGCUUACAGGCUUAUCUAAGAUCGAUUCACAAAAACUUUUGUGUUUUCAUGCAUUUAUGUGCAAUGAUCCAAAGACAGGUUAUGAAGAGGUGUCAGAAAAUCUAGUGAAGUAUUGUGAAGGACAUCCAAUGGCUCUUAAAGUUUUGGGUAGGUCUCUAUAUAAUCGAGAUGUAACAUAUUGAGAGGCGUACAUAGACAUGCUAAAGAAAGAAAAUGGUCUCCCUGUAAUUAAUGCAUUGAGAAUGAGCUUUGACUCUUUGCCAUUCAAAAAUGAUAAGGAGUUGUUUAAGCAUAUUGCUUGUUUUUUUGUUGGAAGGGAUAGAGAUGUUACGGAAACAAUAUUAAAGGCCUGUGAUAUAGACACAAGAUGUGGGAUCACGAAUCUUAUUAACAGAUGUCUUCUUAGUUAUAGAUGGAAUUAUGAAUUCAAAAGUAUCGAAUUGACAAUGCAUCAGUUGGUUCAAGAGAUGGGAAGAUUCCUAAUACGUGAAGAAUCAGUUGACAAUCCCGGGGAACGAAGUAGAUUAUGGUGUCAUGAGGAGUCAUUCAAAGUGUUGAAACAAGAAAAGGGUACAUAAAAUGUUCUAAGCCUUACCCUUGACAUGAGAAUGCUUGGGAAAGAGAAGUUACAUGAAUCAUUUGAGUGGAAAACAGACGCAUUGACUAAGAUGUGCAGAUUAAUGCUGCUACAACUCAGUUUUGUGCCAGUAAUUGGCUCUUACAAGAAUUUUCCAAAAGAAUUAAGAUGGUUGUGUAUGCAUGGGUUCCCUUUGAAGUCUAUACCUUUAGAAUUACCGAUGGAGAAUUUGGUUGCUCUUGACAUGUCAUAUAGCAAUAUUGAAUCAUUUGGCAUUUAAGAUGGUUGUGUAUGCAUGGGUUCCCUUUGAAGUCUAUACCUUUAGAAUUACCGAUGGAGAAUUUGGUUGCUCUUGACAUGUCAUAUAGCAAUAUUGAAUCAUUUGGCAUUUAUUAUUGGUAUUUACAACGAUUUCCUAAGAGACUAAAGCAAUGGAUUGGAUCAUGCUUGAAAGACAAAAGGGUGCUUCGAUCAUUGAAGAUUCUUAAUUUAAGUUUCUGUGAACAGCUUCGUAGUCUUGGUGGCUUUGACCACCUCCCUGUACUUGAGAAGUUAAUACUUAGAGGUUGCAUUCGUUUGCUUGAUGUUUGUGAAUCAAUUGAGCAAUGUCUUGAACUUGUUUUCGUUGAUCUAAGCUACUGCAGCAAGCUUCAAAAAGUUCCAAGAAUCAUAGAGAUGUUAAAGAAGGUUAAAACACUAUUCUUGGACGGUUGUAAUCUUGCUGUUCUAGAGGUUAUACCAAAUUAUUCAAAGUUCUUUACAAUCUAUUUACCGACAUCUUUAGUUAGCUUGUCACUUGAAGAUAACAAUUUGUUCACUGAAUCCUUUCCCAUGGACUUUAGUCGCCUAUCAAUGUUAAAGGAAUUAUAUCUAGAUGAGAAUCCUAUCGUUUCCCUCCCCAAUUGUGUGAGAAGCCUUCCUAGGCUUGAGACACUUAGUAUGGGGAAUUGUACUAUGCUUAUGUCAGUUGAGCAUCCUCCACAUACACUAAUAUAUUUGAACCUCUUUAAUAUUUCUGGUAAGCCUAUGCUGCAAAAAGUUGUAUUUGAUCCUGAAAUGUCUCCACUUCAGCUCGUAAUAGACUGGGAUAUGCUACCACCUUCAUCAUUUGAGGUUGAAGGCAUGGUGAAAAUCCAACCAAUGACAAGUAUUGAGGAAAAGGUAUUAUGUAGUUUUUGCUGGACUAAGCCAGACUUCCUUAACGAAAGGCAUGUGGUAACUUUGACAUCCUUGCGAGAUAAUGAAAAAUCUGAAAUCCAGAAUCUAAAAAUUAGAACUUCAGUAUGCCUCCGAGCCCUUCUUCUUCCUCAUGACUCACAUCCCCGACGUAGAAUAGUGAACGAAGAACGACUCCCAGCAUCGACGGAGCCUCUGAAAUUCGAUUAAAACCCUAGCUUACUUUUCUUGAUGUUUUAUGCAUUCGUUCAUGGUCAAUCCACAAUUAUCGGAAUCAAUUUUAGCAGAACCGAGAAUAAUUUCCACUAACGAUGGGGUCUGUGCGAAAAAACUGAUGGUUUUGUACCCCUUUAUUGGUUCAGUAGAGCAUUAUCAAUGAUUUCCUCAGGUUUAAUUCAUCUGGGUAUUUGGUCUUAUUGCCAAAAAUUGGUAAGUACUAAGGGUCAUGUAAUGCCUAAGAAUAAGUUUCAAUCUUAGAUAAGGAAUUUGAAGACAAGAAAGAUGCAUCCAUGGACUGUUGGAGACGAAUGUUCAAGGAAAAAAGAUAUUGCUAAAACAACCGCUUCACAUGUAUGAGAGAUUGACCGGAAAGCAAGAAAGUUGUGUGAAAGUAGCGAAUAUGAUGAUGAAAGGAAGUUGUAUAGCCUCAUGUCUUUUGUCAAUAAUUCAGGAGAUAUCAAUCUCUCCCAAAGAAGGCUAACGAUAUUUACAAGCUAAUGUUCUUUUAUAGUAUGAGAAUGACCAGGAUGCAAGCAGUGGUGUGAUUUGCUGAUUGUCCAGAUCAUAGGAGACCUUGAAGGCCCUCUUGCUUGGGAUGGAAUGAUACAUCAUAGAAACUUAGCUCUUCCUUUGGUGUAUUUUUGUAGUUUUUUGGCAUAAUGUUUUGUUUAAUUUGUAUAGGAAAAUAGAAAAAAAUGUAUAGGAAAAAUAAGGAACUUUUGUUGAGUUGUAGAAAGUAUCCCCUUUUAUCA